CAAUAGCGAUAUUUAACCCUAGCGCAUCAGAUAAAAGUGUUUCGCCAAGUCUCUUCGUGCUUCGAGUCAAAUCCCGGAAGUGGGGAGGGGGGCAGUUAGGUCGAGCUGUCGCCGUCAUGCCGUCCUGUGUUGUCUGCAAAAACUACAACUCAAAGACGAAGGGACAAGGAAUAAGCUACCACAAGUUUCCACAGGAUGAAGGCAGACUACAGAAAUGGUUAACAGCGGUUGAACCUUACCUCCGUGCGCCGUGGACUGUAGAAAGGAUCCGUCUGUUCAACAACCAGCCUACCCGGCCCCAGGUUUGUUCUGAACACUUCUCGUCGAGUUGCUGUGUCGACAACCCCAGGACAAAACUUGUAGCGUACAAAGUCCCCCCUAAAGUGCUUUUGGAGGAUGCCGUACCCACCAUAUUUGGAGAGAAGAACUCAGGGAAGACACCGGAUCGCCAAAGUGAAAAGCUGACUGGAAAACAGCUCAUGCAAGAGACAGACCAGCCCAUGGAUCCUCAACUCUCUGAGCCUUGCAGCACAUAUGAAUUACAGCCUGGACCAAUCAGCACACCCGAAACACAGUCUGGACCAAUCAGCACACCUGAAGCACGGACUGGACCAAUCAGCACACCUGAAGCACGGACUGGACCAAUCAGCACACCUGAAGCACAGACUGGACCAAUCAGCACACCUGAAACAAUGAUUGGACCAAUAAGCAGACCUGAAACACAGACUGGAGUCACUGGACCAAUCAGCAUGCCUGAAACACAGACUCGGCCAAGCAGCAUGCUGACAGCACAGUCUGGACCAAUCAGCAGGCUUGAAAUACGCACUGGACCAGUCAUCAAAAGACUUAAACCACAGGCCAGACCAAUCAGUACUACACCUGAACCACAGACUGGACCAAUCAGCUAUCUCGAUCAAAAGUCUGACCCAAUCAGAACACCUGAGUCGCAGACUGGACCAAUCAGCAUCAUUGUUCAACAGUCUGAGCCAAUCAAAACACCUGAACCACAAGCUGGACCAAUCAGCAAGCUCAAACCACAGACUGAAACAAUCUGCAAACCUGAACCACUGCCUGGGCCAAUCAACAGUCUGGAUCAACAGUCUGAGCCAAUCAGAAUACUUCAAACAAAGAAUGAACCAAUCAUAACACUUGAACCACAGCCCAUGGACACUAACUCAGACUGCGUUUUGUUUCCAGUUGGACCCAAAAUCUCUGUUCUAGCAAUUAAGAUGGACAGACCUACACCACAACCAGCCGACACAGCCAAGCCUUUUCAGUGCCAACACUGUGACUUCACCACAGUCGAGAAAAAGGACCUUGAUGCACACACCGUACAGCAUGUGUUCGAUAAAGCCUUCAAGUGCAAAAUCUGUGGCCACUUGGCUGCAUUUCGCAGUGCCUUGAAGAAGCACAUGUUCGUACACACUAGAGAAAAACCUUACAAGUGCAAUCACUGCGAGUACUCAGCAGUUAGUAAAAGAGAUUUAGAGCUGCACACAUCUCACCAACACACGGGCGAAAAACAGUACAAGUGUGGAAUAUGCGACUACUCCACCGUUCGGAAGCACAACUUGAACACGCACAUGAGCCAGCAUGUUAGUGAGAAACCCUACAUGUGUGGGGAGUGUGGGUUCAGGACAAACUACAAGCACUCCCUAGAAAAACACAUGAACGUUCACAUAUGCAAUCUGGAGAAGCCCCACACGUGUAAACAGUGUAGUUAUGGUAGUUGGAGUAAGAAGAAUUUACAGAGACAUAUGCGACUCCAACAUGUAAAGAAAUAACUCUCAGUGUGCAAGAUACCUGGUUGCCCUGUUGCAACCAAAUUUUACAUGGAGCAACCUAUUUUUGAACCUAGGUAGCCCAGUGUGCUUCCUGAAUUUCA